CGGUUGGCUUAUACACGUGGGAAGAGCGGGGGACUGAUCGCACUGUGAUGCUUCACUAUUUAAAUAACUAAAUGCUUUAAGAUUAUAUCUUAACACGUAAUAUUAUUCAUUAGAGCAAAGAAGUAUCAGUUGACUGGUAUAGGGGUAAAAGUCUAGAGAGUGUUAAAUAAAGCAGUCUACCCUUUCGUUUCUGUGUCGGUUUUGUGUCGAUCGUUUCGUUUCUAUAAUAUAAAUACGUUCCUUAUUCUAAUAGUUUUUUUUUCCGCACAAUUUUUUUUGAUUGGGUGUAUUGUGCCACCAAGAUGAGCAAUGCUGUCGAACGAAAUUUACACACUGCUUAUACAGAAGACCCAGCCUGCCUGAGACAGGUUUGGUGCAGGGAGUGGCUAUAAAGAACCCAGGGCUUCCAGAGGUCUGACGUGAAAGGGGAGGAAUGCAGGCGGAGGAGACGAGUCGACCUGACUGCCAGCUCCGUGACGUGAAGAAGCAUCUUAUCAGUGGUCUACAGGAAGUUGGGUCUCCCACGCCUGCAUCUUCACUCUGAUCUUCAGAGACUCUCUUGCUUCUCAACCCUGUCCUCGACAAGUCAUGGUUUACUGGAUCUUCAUACCCAUCACUGUGUCAGUGGUGUCCUUCAUUGGGUCUUGGGCAGUGUACGGCCUGGCACUCAGCUACGGUCAUGUCUGUUCCCUUAGCAACUGGCAAUACAGGAAUUCCUGCGAACCGAACAUGUCCGAGUUGUGCUGCACGGACAGCCGUGUGCCCACGAUAAGCACAAGUGGGAAAGGUAUCCCAGAGAACUCCUUGUUUACAGCCACCAUCAGUGCAGGCUCCUUCUUGUUCCUGGUCUUCUGUGUCUUCCACCAUGCCCACAUUCUGAACAAGUGCAGUACUCAGGCUGUCCUGAGCCGGCUGGCUUUGGGCUUUGGCUGUGUAGCAUCCAUUGGUGCCUUUGUGGCUGGAAACUGCAACCCUGGAUACCUGGUGCUGCUACACUACCUGGGGGCAGCGGUCAGCUUCAUUUGCAUCUGCUUCUACUGCCUCCUGCUGACAAUGCUGACGGGUAACUGUUUGCUCACGGGCAAGGAGAAAGUCCUUUACCCCGUUCGCGCCCUGUCCACUGCCCUCCAGGUCCUCGUUACUCUCUUUUACUGCAUCUUCUUUGCCCAAGAGCCGUACCUGUUGAAGCACCUGUCGGCUGUCUUUGAGUGGAUCCUUAGUAUGAACCUGGAACUUUUCGAACUGAGUUUUGUAUUUGAGUUCUACGUCUUCUCAUCAUCCAUGUUGUCUUCGCUGAUUAAUACAGAAGAAGAGGAGAAGUCCCUCAUUAUGUCCUGAUGACCUUCCCAAGACGAGACUCUGAUUUUAUUACAUCAGUAUGCGCCAGACCGUGACAGGGAAGGCCUUCACAUUUUAGUGAGAUAACCAUGCGCUUUUGUUACCCUUUACCUCAGGCGGAACUUCUCCGGAUCAUCGAAAUCAGCUUUUCACAGGGAAGCUUGGACCUACCACUAGAUAGAUAGCAAACUGAUCACCAUGACCAUUUGUCCCGUUAUGCCUUCAGAGACAGCCUUUAGGAGACUUUGAGAGCCAACGCUGGCAUUGCUCUUAAAACCUACAUUUCUGUAACAGUAGCAGCCAACCAGAAGGCAGAACAAUACCUCAACACUGAAGAUUCAUCUCUCAAGUGUCUUAUUACUUAAACUUACAAUGUAACUUAUUUUUAUUGAAUCAGUCACCUUUUAAUGCUGAUUACUUUAAGUCCCUGUUUAUGCAAAUGUGAUAUUGAUUGGAAACAGAUGCUAAAGCUGUUUGAGUGGUAGCACCAGACCAAGCAUAAAAAACCUGAGUGUCUCCAGGCCUUUCUCUGAGGAAUGCAAAAAAGAACAAAUGUGUUAUAUAUUUAGAUUAUAUAUUUUUCAAUGAAGCAGUGAUUUUUAUCUGAUUUAUUUAUGAACUUAUGAUGUAUUAUGUUAUACCGUGGCUGUGAUGGAUAUGACCCUCAGACCAGAUAAAGACGACACCCCAUAAUUCACUAAUGUCACUGUUUAUUAUGUGCAAUUUUAUGUUUAAUGAUCUCCUUCAGCACUUAUGCUUCCAAUACUUGAAAAUUUUCAUUGUACAAUUUGAACUGGAGUACUGGGGAGAUAAAUGGGAAUGGCAAGUGAUUUAUUAUUAAACCUUUUGUAAUGCAAUUAAUCAGCAAA